UACAACUCCUUCCCAAAUCCCAAGCAAGCCCAACUCUCUCUCCCUCUCUCUCUCGCUCUUAAACACCACAAGCUCACAACCCCUUCUGCUCAAUCCCUCAUUAGAAUUUUCUCUUGCUCCAAACAAAGCAAGCAACUUUCUUCCCUCUUGUUUCUUGGUUUUCUUUCUCUCCCACAUUUUUCUUGGUCGAUUGAGAAAAUGACUGUUGAGGUUAAGGUUGAGGAGACCCUUGUGGCUGAAGUUGGGGUUGUUCCUCAGGAGGAGCCCAUGAAGCCUGUGAUUGAGAAUGAGAAAGUUGUUGAAGGAGAUGAUAAGGUGAAGGAAGUGGCAGAGUCUGAAUCCAAGCCCAGAGCAGUUGAGAAGAGCUCUUCUUAUAAGGAAGAGAGCAACUUUCUCUCUGAUCUGAAAGAGUUUGAGAGGAAGGCUUUGAGUGAGCUCAAAUUAAAGCUAGAAGAAGCCAUUUUGGGCAACAAUAUCUUCAAGAAGGAGGAGCCAAUGAAGAAUGAGGGGAAGGAUAAAAAAGUAGCAGAGGAGGAAGAGAAGAAGGAAGAGAAGAAGGAAGAGAAGGAAGAGAAGAAGGAAGAGAAAGCAGAGGAGGUUGAUGAAAAAAAGACAGAGGAAGGAGAUGAAGUCCCAGUAGCUGAAGAGAAAGAAGCAGCAGCCCAAGAAGGUGAGGAAGAGAAGAAGCCUGAAGAGGGGUGCGAAGAAGUAGACAAGGAUAUCUCUCUUUGGGGGGUGCCCCUUUUCCCCGGGAAAGGGUUUGAAGGCACUGAUGUGGUGCUCUUGAAGUUCUUGAGGGCUAGGGAGUUCAAGGUCAAUGAAUCAUUUGAGAUGCUGAAGAAAACCCUUCAAUGGAGGAAGGAGUCUAAGAUUGAUUCAAUUGUGGAUGAGGAUAUCUGUGCUGAUCUGAGCUCUGCUGCUUACUUGAAUGGCGUUGAUCGCGAAGGCCACCCUGUGUGCUACAACAUUUUUGGGGUGUUUGAUAACGAGGAGCUUUAUCAGAAAACUUUUGGAAAUGAGGAGAAGAGAGGGCAGUUCUUGAGGUGGAGGCUUCAGUUGAUGGAGAAGAGCAUUCAGAAGCUUGAUUUGAGGCCUGGUGGUGCUUCUUCUUUGCUUCAAAUCAAUGACCUCAAGAACUCACCUGGACCUGUCAAGAAGGAGCUUAGAAUUGCCACAAAGCAAGCUGUUGGGCUUCUGCAGGACAACUACCCUGAGUUAGUUGCCAAAAAUAUUUUCAUAAAUGUUCCAUUCUGGUACUAUGCACUCAAUGCCCUGUUAUCUCCUUUCUUGACUCAAAGAACCAAGAGCAAGUUUGUGGUUGCUCGCCCAGCUAAGGUCACUGAGACCCUUCUCAAGUACAUUCCAGCUCAGGAGAUACCAUCUCAAUAUGGUGGCUUCAAAAGGGAAAAUGACACUGAGUUCUCCUCUGAAGAUUGUGCUGUUUCGGAACUAAUUCUUAGGGCUGGAUCCACUGGAACCAUUCAGAUAGAUGCAGCUGAGGCUGAUAACACAUUAGUCUGGGACCUGGCUGUUUUGGGUUGGGAAGUGAAUUACAAGGAGGAGUUUGUUCCUACUGAUGAGGGCUCUUACACCAUUAUUGUUCAGAAGAGAAAGAAAAUAGGCUCCAAUAAUGAAGGGCCUAUCCGCAACACUUUCAGAAGCAAUGAACCAGGGAAGGUUGUUCUUACAAUUGAGAACACUUCAAGCAAGAAGAAGAGGGUUCUGUACCGGUACAAGGCAAAGAAGUGCUCCACCUUCUGAGAGUUCAACUGUGAAAGGUUGCUGCAAAAAUUGUUUGAGAGGGCAUUAUAUACAUAAUUAGAGCUUAUUCUUUUAGACUGGGGCAAUAAUUGAGUGAGGAUAGAGAAAUUAAUAGUUCAUUUUUUCGGUGUAAUUUCAUAUGUUUUGAUGUGAAUCUUUUGCUUUGGGAUUUCAAUUUGGCAGACUUUGUGAGUGAAA